AUGCUCCCAAAGGCCAAAUCAACGUCUGGACCGUUGUACCCAGCAUAUCUACCAACUAGACCUGAUGGAUUCACUGCGACGAUAGACGUACCACCAUUCGAAGGCGACGAACCAGGCGCUCGUGCAGAUCCUUCUAAACCUAACCUUUUAAAGUCUGGAGUACAAGCAACGAAUGUCACGCCUAGAAUUGGUUCCGAAAUCAGAGGAGUCCAGCUCAGCGAACUGACAAAGGAAGGACUGGACGAAGUAGCUCUGCUGGCUGCGGAGAGGGGUGUACUCAUAUUUAGAGACCAGGAUUUUGCCGAUAUUGGGUUUGACAGGCAGCGAGACUUGCAUCCAACAAUGGGAUAUCCCGAAGGCACCGGGCCAGAGUUUCAUGUUGUAUAUGCGGAUGAAAAGGCAGGCAAUCUGAGGACACUCCUGGGCCAACGUACUUCUUAUGACCUCUGGCACGUUGAUCAGACGUUCACGAGUAAUGUACCGUCCACAACCUUCUUCUGGGUUCUCGAGAUGCCCGAGUCCGGAGGAGGCGAUACGGCCUUUACGUCUCUUUCAGCGGCCUAUGAGGCACUCUCGCCAACCUUCAAACACGUUCUCGCUCCCCUGAGUCUCCUUCAUACCUCGGCAUCCGUAGGAGAGGUUGCUAGGGUUGGGACGGAACGAGCGUUGAAGGAAGCGGUGUCGACGAUUCAUCCACUCGUGAUCAGGCAUCCUGUAACCGGGAAACCAUCACUGUUUGUCAACCCGACAAUCGCUCGCAAGAUCGAGGGAAUGCUACCGGAAGAGUCCGACUCCAUAUUGAAGUUCCUCCACGAGCAUAUCAGGAGCCUCGACUUCAGCUGCCGCCUUAAGUGGGAGAAAGGCUCCGUGGUGGUGUGGGAUCAGAGGAGCGUUGCCCACAGUGCUGUUCCGGACUUUAGGGACGGUGAGCGACGGCAUGUCGUAAGAAUUAUUCCUUAUGGGUCUGUCUCUCAGCCUGCAUUCCCAGACUUGUAUAGCAAGACGGACGAGGUGUAA